GAGAAAUGAAAUGCAUCAGUUCACAUAGGCUUAUGUGGGUUUUAUCACUCCUACUCCCUGCCAGUUUGUCUCCAAUUCAAACAUCGAACAAACUUCCAGAAAUCCUUCAAGUCUGAGCAAAACCGCAACCAACCAUGUCGCAAAGAGUGUCCCGCACCGAUACAUCUGCUCUUGUGUUACCCAAGAAGAAAGAAGUGACAUGUCGCCUGGACACAGAAAACCGACAGAGUACCGUCCAUGUUAUCGGCACAUAUUUAAAGGCCUCUCUGAAGAGGAGUUCCCCUCCCAGGUCCAAGUUCUUCUCUGUGAAGUGCACCGCCAAUGUUCAGUACAGCAUCAGCCCCCCCACCCCAGGAGAACCCCUCUCCCCCAUUCCUCUCAAUGGAAACUCUGUACUACUCAUCAGCAUGAGCCGUGCCAGUGAAUCUGAAAAUGAUAGCAAGCUGUCUGUCCAGUACUAUGGUGAGAAUAAAGAGGUCUUGGGGAGAGCAGUCCUGCACCUGACAGCUGUUGAGAUCUCUCUGGAUGUGGAUGCUGACAGAGACGGUGUUGUGGAGAAAAACAACGUUAAUAAGGGAUCCUGGAAAUGGGGUCCUAAUGGGCACGGAGCCAUCCUAUUGGUCAACUGUGACUCAGAGCAGAAGUACCGGAACAAAAAACCAGAUUGGGAACACGACUUUGUCACCAAGGUGUCAGAUCUGAAGGACAUGUCGGUCAUGGUGCUGCGGACCAGAGGCCCUGCCAAGCUCCCCGAGGGCUACAAGCUCACCAUGCACAUCUCUCAGGGGCACGCCGAGAGUGUCCGAGUCUUCAGGUCCAGAUCCCCUGGAGCUAAGGAAAACACACUGCUGGACAAAUUCCUGUAUACCAACUUUGUGAAGAACUAUCCACUGAUGCUGAGCAGGGACGUCCUGUCCCAGGAAGUGCCUUACCUUGGAGGCGUAGCAGAGACAACAUUUCACGUGGAGGGCCUCAGGUUUCCUGACAACGACUUCAAUGGGCUCGUCAAUAUCAACCUCAGUCUGUUAGAGCCCAUCGCCCAUGAUAUCCCUGAGACGCCUAUCUUCACAGACACAGUCGUAUUCCGAGUGGCACCGUGGAUCAUGACACCCAACACCCUCCAGCCAGUGGAGGUGUUCGUUUGCAACACUGCUGAUAACAACCCGUUCCUUAAAGGAAUGAGGAACCUUGUCGCAAAAAGCGGUUACAAGCUCAAGAUUUGCCAGGAGUAUGUGAACAGAGGGGAUCGCUGGAUGCAGGAUGAGCUGGAGUUCGGCUACAUCGACUCACCUCAUCAACAGUUUCCUGUUGUUCUGGAUUCCCCUCGAGAUGGAAAACUCCAAGAUUUUCCAUAUGAUGAGCUACUGGGCCCGGACUUUGGCUAUGUGACGAGGGUGGCCGAAAGAGAAGAUGUGAGCAGUCUGGACUCAUUUGGUAAUCUGGAGGUUAGUCCUCCCGUCACUGUGAAUGGAAAAAAGUACCCCCUGGGCAGAAUCAUCAUUGGAGUGGCCUUCCCUACGGCAACGAAGGGACGGAACAUGACCAAAGUAGUUCAAGACUUCUUGUGGGCUCAGAAGGUUCAGGAGCCCAUUGCCUUGUUCUCUGACUGGCUCUAUGUCGGCCACGUAGACGAGUUCAUGACUUUUGUUCCUGCACCUAACAGAAAGGGCUUCCGGCUGCUGCUCGCCAGCCCAGACGCAGGCUACAAACUAUUCAGAGGCUUACAGAGCGACGGACACGGAAAAGCCAAAAUGUUUGACGGUCAGGGAGGUGAAGAAACAAUAACUGUGGAUGAGAUAAUCGAUGACGAGAAUCUCCAAGCUCAAAAUAACUACGUACAGAGCUGCAUUGACUGGAACAGAGAUGUGCUGAAGAGAGAGUUGGGCCUGGAUGAGGAGGACAUCAUUGACCUGCCAAUCCUCUUCAAAUUAAUGACGGAGGGUGAGGAGAAGGAGGACGGCGUGCUCAGAGCAGUGGCGUACUACCCUGACAUGGUGAACAUGAUAGUCCUGGGGAAGAACCUGGGCAUCCCGAAGCCCUUUGGCCCCAAGGUGAAUGGCCGGUGUGCCCUAGAGGCCGAGAUUUGCUCCCUGAUGGAGGGCCUGGGCCUCAGUUGCACGUUCAUCGACGACUUUGCCACCUACCACAAACUGCUGGGAGAGGUGCACUGUGGCUCCAACGUCCGCAGGGAACCGUUUGACUUCAAGUGGUGGAACCUGGAGAUGUGAACCUAAACUCAACAGUGGAUGGAGAAAGAGGCAUUUUCAAAAAUUUGGCUUGUUUAAGAAAAUAGCACAUUGCCUUAACUUUAGAUUGGAAGAGCUAUUUUCAUGUCAAAGCCUUACAUUAUGUCUAAGUCUUUAAAUUAACUUCUUUUAAGCUGUUAAAUCAACGCUGAAUUCUCCAAGCAUUUUCCACAAUAACUGCUCAGUAACCAUCAACUUUAACGCAGGAAGAAUUACACCAGGCGUUUGAUCUAUUAUGCCUCUUCUUCUUUUUUAAACAUUUUUGUUGGCUUUAUUUACAAAAAGGAUGUAAAGCAAUAUGUACAAACAUAUCUUUUGAACAAGGGCUUAAGCAGACUGUUGACAAGAACAGAAAUACAAUCAUUUCAAUCGAGCACAUAGAAGAUCCAAGACUCCCAACCUUGUGGUUUGGACCGGCCGUCGGCAUACAGCGCAAGCACAGUUAGAUGAAUGGUACCACACGGUGAUGUGCUGUAAUAAUAUAGAGCCACAGGAGGGCAGACUUCAUCUACUCAAGCAUUUCCAAAGUCCAGAGGAAAAUCAUUUGAAAUCUUAUCUUUUCAUAAGUCAAAUCUAAAAGGCUGUAAUAUACAAAUGUGUCAUUAUAUCCAAAAUGUACCUUUCUAGUUAUCUAGAAGUCUAGAGUUAAAUGCAGAAUGAUUUGUAGCUAUACUCAGCUUAAAGAAUAUAAUAUAUAGCCAGCUCUACAUUUGGUCUAGUGUCUUAAACCCUUUGUCUUUUUUACAAACUGUAAAGGCUGUCUUUAGACUGCUAUAGACAAUACACCUCAUGCCUGCUUCAGUCUUAUCACUGAAUAAAAC